AGGGUGCUUUUACUGUUUUCUACAGGUGACAGGAAAGCUUUGACAGACAACAGCGUCUCAAUGGUCCUGCUAUCUCGAUCGAUCGUCCCUUUCAUAGAAGAAGAAAAAAACACUUUGUGGACUUGCAAUUACCUUAGGAUUGUCAAGAAUAUCAGGGUAGGAGGUGACUUGUGAGCAGCACAAGAGAAUUCUAUCAUGUCGGAGAUCAUCUUCUCAGCUGUGGUUGGCGACCUGGCUGGUAGGGUGAUAUCUCUUCUUGCUGGCCAGUUCAAAGGCCAAGACAGCACGGAAGCUAAGCUCCAAAGGAUUUGCUAUAUGCUCGUCAAGGUUCACAGCGCAAUAGAGGAGGCCAGAGGGAGGCAGAUAACAAACUUCGGCACCCUCGAGUGGCUCUCGGAGCUCAACGAUGGUCUGUACCAAGGCCGCUACUUGCUGGAAACUGUCGGAUGCAGAGAGCAGGAUACGGCUGAAGAUGAUGAGCCUGGUGACAAGGUAGUUGCUGCACAACCUUUCUCCUUGUCCUUGUUCAAUCCUGCAAAGCGCGUGCGCGUAGCUGCGUGCAGGGUGAGGAGCCUAUUGUCUCGCCAUGAUGUAGGUGUUCAUGAUAGGAUAGAUAGAGUGGUAAAGAUCUUGGAAACCAUGUCUGGUGAUCUCAGGGAGUUCCUGAUGCUCCUGCAGACCUGCCAGCCGAUCCAUCGUCCUUUAGCCACUAACAUCUUUGUUGAGGGGCAGAUGUUCGGUCGACAUGUCGAGAAAGAGAGGAUCAUCAACUUCUUGCUGCACAACGGCGCUGGAAAACUGGGUGUGCUUCCGAUUGUCGGGGACAUGGGAGUUGGGAAGACCACACUUGCGCAGCAUGUAUGCGAUGACGAGAGGGUGCGUAGCCACUUCCCAAUAAUCAUGUACUCCAGAUUCUCGUGUACUUUAGUUAUGGCACGGGGUGAGACAACGUUUGUCCUAGAAUCCAAGCACGCACUUGGAGAUGUCAAACAGUUUAUCGAGUCAGUGCAUGGGUUGAAGGAGAAUUACCUCACCAAGAGGUUCCUGAUAGUAUUUGAGGAUGUUGACAUGCCGAAGAAACAGAUGCUAGAAGAGUUACUGCCGAUCCUACGACAACAUGGAAAACAUGGAAGCAAGGUCAUCAUCAUCACCAGCAACAGGGAUGUUGCGAGCAAUAUGGGGACGGUGCAGCUGAUCAACCUGAAGGUCAUGCCGCAUCCAGAGUACUGGUUCUUCUUCAAGUUACACGCGUUUGCCGGCAGAGACGUCGAGGAGGACCCGAGGAUGGUGGCAGCGGGUAAAGCGAUCGCGAGGAAGCUGAACGGGUCAUUCUUUGGAGCCAAGAUCGUCGGAGCGGUGCUGAAAGCCCGUCCCGAUCCCAGGUUCUGGUGCAAGGUCUUGAGAAGCAACAUAGGGGGUAUGUCUCUGCUGGGUGAUGGCAUGGGGUAUAUCUCAGAUUUGGCAGAGAACUUGCUUCCCAGUCACGCAGGCAUGUGCGAGUUGACCAUUUCUAAGAAUCCGUUCACCUCGCAGACAGAACUUGCUAGCUUCGAUGAUCUGUGUCAGGUUAGUCCUUCCGCUAGUGCUGCCCGGCCGGAUGAUGGUUUGGCAGGUGAUAUCCAGUUUGCAAAAGUAUUGGUGUGCAGGACAGUUUUGCCAUUCCAAUCCUUGUACUACACUGCACAUUGCGCUGUGCACGGGGCGGACGAUUCAUCAAAGUUUGUCAGAAUUGGAGGAAGUGGUAGAUUUGCCCAUGUACCCCUGUCAAGAAAAGGUUUUUCCAUAUUAGGAUCAUGAAGAUCUGAAACGAAUUAAUGCUUAAUGCCGUAGAAUCUGAUGAAGAGGAGGAUAGCUUCGUAAGAUCAAUGCAACCGUCGACAUGGGAAAUUUGUUCGUCGUAGAGCUCUGUUUUGAGUUAUAUAUUUUUUUUUUCAAUUUUCCUUGGCGAAUGUAGGAGCCUGCUUGUCGUGCUUCCCUGCUAUAUGCAUGAAGUUGGCGGCCUCGAUAGCUGUAACGUGGCGCUUGACAUGUACAAUGACAAAUCGCGAGUCUCUAUGUGGCGUUCAGAGC